AUAGUAGGCCACUGGAGAUUUUUGUAUUGGAAAAGUGAAACAAAAUAAACCAAGUACUUACCGUGACUCUUGCAAAAGCGAAUUUCUUGGAUAUUUUGUUCCAUUUGCCGCUUUUUUCUCUUGAGAAAUACUAACGCACUUGGACGCCAAUUGUGUUAUUAUUUUGGAAGUCUUCCUUUUUAUAUUCUGCCGGCAAUUAAUAGUUUUAUGUGAGAUAAACCUGGGAAAGAUGUUCUCCGCCGAGGAUUUGAUGAUACCCCUUGCUUCUAUGUUUGAUUAUGGAGCAGAUACAACUACUGAGCAGAGAUCUACAUCCAGCAGACGGUCAACUAAUGUUCAGAAGGAUUAUACCUGGGUUCGAGUUGAUGAUACCGCUGUUCCCGAUUUCACGGUUCAGUGGGAAAAGGGCCUGGGUAAGAAGGAGAAGGACUUCUACCGCUCAAAGUAUCCCCAAGUUGACUACGUUACUAACGAUCGUGUCCAUUGCACAUCGUGCGACACUCACUUGGGUUCGGCCCCAAUUGAUGAGGUCACCAUCCGGGAGCAUCCGGUGCUGAAGGUGACCCAGUGUAGCAAGUGCUAUGCAUUCUACACAAGUGGGGAGUUUGACAAGGGUGAGGACGGUAGUGAGCUGUACUGCCGAUGGUGUGGUCAAGGUGGUGAAGUAUUCUGCUGCGCCAAGUGUCCCUAUGUCUUCUGCAAGAAGUGCAUCAUCAGGAAUCUCUCCAAGGACACCAUCAAGGCGAUCAUUAAGAAUGAAAAUUGGAUGUGUUUUGCCUGUGAACCAGAGAUCACAUGGCCGCUCAGGGCUAAGCACUGGGCUCUGAUGAAUUUCAUUGAGAAACAGCGAAAAGUCAUUCUGACCCAAUAUGUGUCAGAUUCUGAUGUCAAUUUUCUUCUGAGCCGAGAUUUGACAACAUGCUGCCAAAAGGCUGCACCAGCUCCAAAAGAUACUGGCAAGAAGUCCCUAACACCAGGGAAAGCCGCUACGGCGGCCAAGGCUUCACCAAAGCCAUCUCCUGUACUUUCGGCCCAGAAGACGUUGCCAGUGCCGAAGACGGUGCAGAAGACAAGGAAGCGUUCAGACGUGCCAGAUUACAGUAAAGGUCCACCGGCUAAGCGCAUGAUGACUGAAGUACCGAUGAAUAAUUCUGCCGGAGAGGGCAGAAGUCAAGAUGAGGUCGUUUGUACUCCGGACAUUCUCAGUAUGUUUGAUGGAAGUGCCGCUGAACCCACUCCACCGCCACUAACGCAAAUUCGUCAGUAUGGCACAAGUCCAUCAACAAAUGGUACCCCAACCACCAGCCGAGCCGCCGCUCAGAAGAAGACCCAAACAAUUACUAUUGCCAAUCAAUCUCCGGCAACUCCCAUCUAUCACACCAUCAAUGGGUAUCGUAUUGAUUUGAACUCAGCUGCCAGGCAGGAGACCAUCCGUCUGCCCAAUGGCAAGUUGAUCCAGGUGAAGAAACAGUCAACGCCACAGGCACAGCAACCGCCCAUGGUGCCGCCGCUCAUGACGCCGGCUGUACGUGGAAUGAGACCCAGCGGUGCACCGGUGAGGCAGCCUCCAGUGCCCCGAAUGCCCAAUCCGCCUCGACAGCGAAGGCAGCAACAGCCCGUUCUGAGGCCACAGGUGCCACCUGCAGCCACCCAGCAACGCCCUGUUAUUCUCAAUGGCAUGAUGCAGCCGCAGAUGUGUAACAUGCCGCCGCUGAUCAUCUCACAGCAAAUGGCCAACACACCAUUCGGAAAGGCCAAGACGGAACUCGACGGCAGGAUACGCAAUGGCCAGGAGAUCUGUAUGCACAUCAUUGGAAAGAUGAAUACAUUGGUUGCGUCAAAUGCGUAUAAAUCCAUGAAAUCAGUGAAAGAUGUCAAAGAAAUUCACAUUCAUCUCUCCUAUUUACUCACCUAUGCUAUCAAUCGCUUCAAGACACUCCAGGAGAAAUCCAUGGACAACAUGAAGAUACUUGGUUUUGGUGGGGAUGUCGAGAGUAUUAUGUCUGGCAAGAUAACAACUAACACCAAUGAUGAAGAAGUUGAUGAAAAUGAUGAUGAUAUUGAAAUUGUUGAGCCACAGACGACACUCAUUGAUUUGGCGUCGGAUGAGGAAGAGGCAGUGAAGGAUGUUGUUGCUGAUACGCCAAUUGCUAAGGAAUCUCAGAUGUUCCUCGAUAAACUGAAGAUGCAACCGAAGAUUUUGCUGAAGAAACUUCCAGGGAGUGCAAUUAUGGAUUCAAAGACGCAUGAGAAGGAGAAUGAGAUGAUUGUUAAGGAUUUCCUCAAGGAUAUUCUGGAUAAAGUUUUGGAAUCGAUGACGGCGGAGUCAGCUGAGACGGUUGAUGGGGUGAUGAGUGAGGAGAAUAAUCAAAAGGAGGAUUCCGGGAGGGAUUCUGUAUCAAAGGCUGCAGAUGUAGCUAAGGAAAUAGUUGAAAUUGAAGAACCAAUGGAUGUUGAUGCAAUUCCAGAUGCUCCAACAACAACAAUUUCCCUUGAUGAUGAUGACUCAAAUGAUGUCGUUGAGGUCAUUGAAAAAGUACAAAAAGAAACAGUGGAAAAGCCAACGGAAGAUGUUACAGGGCCUGCUGAGGUGACAGAAAAACCAUCUGAUGAAGAUGCAAAGGUUGUAGAUGUUGACAUGGAGAAUGAUGGGAACAAGGAGGACAAGGAGGACAAGGAGGAAAAGGAAAAAGAAGUUGAUGGUAAUCAAGAGAAGGUUAAUGAGGAAAAAUCCUUGGAAGUCAAAGAUGCAGAAAUGCAAGAUGAAGAUACUGACAUGACAGAAAUUGUUACGGAAACUAUCGAAAAGGACAAGAAGAAUGAGAGUGUUGAGGAUGAAAAAAUGGAAGAGAAUCCAGUGGAAGAAAUCAAGGAUAAAGCAGAGGAGGGCAAAAUUGAAGAGAAUGGUGCACAAAAUGAAAUUGAAGAUGAAGAUAUGGAGAAGGAUCAUGGAGAGGAGAAGCAGGAAGAACCCAAAGGCAUUGCAGAGGCAGAAGCAGAUGCAGAGCCUCAAAAGGAUGAUCAAGAGGGAGAAAAUGAAGGAUUCAAGAUGCCACAGGCCACUGUGGACAGUGAACCGCCCGCCCAGGAGGCUGUGGAACAAGUUGCAGAACCCCGUGAGAAAGAGGCACAAGAAGAAGAGCCCAAAGAAGAAGCUCCUAAACCUGUUCUCGAAUCUCCGGCUUCUCCUGAUCCGGCAGAUUUUAAUCCAACUGAAAUUCGGGCUUUUGAAGAUAUCGACAGUCCGGAUGAAUUUGAUGAUGCUCUGGAUGCUCCAGCCAGUCAGGAUUCCCUCCUGGAUGACCUCGUGAAGCCCAGUGAUGUCCCAUUCCCCGAUGACCUGGAUUCUCUGGGCAAAUUCUUGGACAAUUAGACUUAAGGGUAUGUCUUCAAUUUUUUUGUUGUCAUUCUAUCAUUCACUCUGUGCUCCCUUUUAAGGCCUCAAAACAUUGAGAGCAAUUUUCGUCAAAAAUCGCUUUUUUGAAGGAAAUUUCUUGCAGUGCUGUACGUGAAAACGUCAAAAUUUUGUCAAAAAUGCAAUUUUUGACGAAAAUUGCUCCAAUGUGUAGAGGCCUUAACGGCAUCUAUACAUUGAGAGAAAUUUUCGUCAAAAAUUGCUUUUUUGAAAGAAAUUCCCUGCAGUGCUGUACAGCUGUCUAUACACUAGGAAAAAUAUGGAUGAGUGGCCCUUCAAUAGUACUAUUGAUAAAAAGCUUCAAUUAUUGAAGAGAAUUAUUGAAGAAAAUGCCUCCACACAGGAACUAAUACGUUUCAAUAUUGACAGUUCGUGUCAUCUCUCAAGUUUUCUUGCGGCUUGAGAUUAUUUUUCGUGAAAAUUUAUUAUUUGGUUGCUGGAAAAGCGUGGUAAGUGUUUGUUGAAGUUCAUUGAGAUAGGGUUUAGUGAAUAUUAGUGGAAAAUUGUCCAAAAGUGCGAAGGAGAAGUGUUUUCGAGAGAUGUUUUUUGUAGUGGGAUUCAACCAAGUUUUACUAGAAGUUUUCACUCGUUUUUUUUUUAAUUAUUGGUAGUAAACCUCUUGUGCAUCACGGUAGAGUUAUUUAAUACCAUAUUCCAAUUUCCAAAAUGAUCCGACACAUAUCCGGACGACAAUAAAGUUUUUCAGAACUUCGAGACAUAAAACAUAACCUCAAACUUUGCUCAAAAUAAAUUUCUGAAAAGUGUACAGCAGCAGGAAAAUUCUGUAAUUCACAAGAGUGAAAAGCAUCAGUGCGAUGUGUUUGUCGUUCUAGAGAAGUGGUGCAGCAGUUUGAAUUGCUGACUGAGGGAUUUGCUAGCUGUGCUCAGUUUCCUUGAUGGAGGUAUUGAAGUGCUGAAAACCGAAGAUUGUAACAAUCUGACAGCAGCUGCCGGAGCCGGACGGGUGGAUGCUGCGAGUCCAGUAUCGGCUGAGAAGUUAUCCCACAUCGUCCUGAUGAUGAAAAAACGCGAAGUUUUUCCCUGAUGAGGCAGCUGAGGGACAUGUGGCUGUUGUGAGCCCAGCCUCGGCUGAGAAGUUAUCCUUGAUCACCCUGAUGAUGCAAAGACUGCGAAGUUGUCCCUGAUAACACUGUAGAAAGUGCCAGUGGGAUGCAGGAUCCAACAGUUGGUGGUUUAAAUACAUCCGGAUGUCUUUAGUUCCACAUCCAAUAAACAUUCUCUUCAUUUAGAAGUUGAGGGACCCUCAUAUCCGGCUGUUGGAUUAUAUAUAUUCACAAGCAGGGACUGUUCUGACUUGUAAGUGCUUCUGCUGCCCAAAGGUUCAUGGAUACACUCAGAAGCUCUUCCUGAGAUUCACAGAAGGGAGUUGCAGACAGAUUAUGGAUACGACUCUGCUCCAGAAGUACAGAAAAAUCUCAGAGAAACAAAAAAUUAUUGUAUGUAUAAAAUUGUGAAGACUUUUUUAUUUAAAAUUUUUUUAUUAAAAAAAUAAAAUUAACAAAAAAAUAAACAAAAAUCUCUUUCUUUUUUCCAAUAUUGUGUCACUUCAACUGUGGCUCCCAGUCUCUUUGCUUGAUAAGAUCUCGCGCCUUAUCUAUUCCUUGAUAUUUUCCUUGUCUGUCAGCCAAUGUUCAGGUUUAUAUUGAAGAGAUCCACGGGUUGUGUUCCAACUAAAAAACUCACGGGACCUGCUAAUGCAAAAGAAUGUCUCACUUCCAUCCCAAUUCAAUUCUUUACCUUGAUCUGUUCUCCAGCUGGAUGCUGGGAUUGAGAUCUGCUUUGUCUCAGAAGCCUCAAUCCAUGUCCAGAUGCACAAAUUACCCCCAAUUUAUAUCUGAACAAAAACUUUCACCAAAACUGGGGUAAAUUCCACUAGGAAGUCACAUUCCCUGAAACACACUUUUUUCUUUUUGAACUUGCACCAAAAUCGACAAAUAACAUUUUUCGAAUAUUCUGCAACACAAAAUAUUCGAAUUUGCGUGAAAACGAAAAUUAAUAUAUUGAAGAAAAUAUCUAAUGAACUUGAUAUCGACCAUUUCUUCCAUAUUCCACUUCAAUAAUAUUAUGGAAGAAUAAUAUUGAUGAUAUUUGUCUCAAUGUGUAGGGGUAAACAAUAUUGAAAGACAAUAUGGAAGAAAAGUCAUCCAUAUUGAAACGAAUAUUGAAGAAAUUGCCUCCACAUUAGACAAAUUUUCUUCAAUAAUCCAAAUUCAUGUCCAUAUGUUUUGCUAAUGUGUAGGCAAUUUUCAUCAAUAUUAAAUAUUUAUUGCAAAUAUUGAUGAAAUUUUCUCUUAAUGUAUAGACAGCUUACGUGAAAACGUCAAUAUUUUGUCAAAAAUGCAAUUUUUGACAAAAAUUCCUCCAAUGUGUAGCUGCCUUAAAGCACUAAACUUGUCCAGCUCGUGAACAAAGGAAAAAAAACACACAAAAUUUUAAAUGUCAAUCUUUGUUGUUUCCAUAAAGUAGAAGAAGAAUUUGAAGAAGAAAAAAAAAUUAAAAACCAAGAAGAUUUUGGAACAAAAUCUCAAAUUUUAAGAAAAAAAACAUGUAAAUAGUUGAAUUAUAAGACUUUCUCUUUGGAAAUAUCUUUAUUUUGCAAUUUAUUCACUGACUUUUUCCUUUUUUUCUUUUUCUCUGCAAAAAGAAAAACCACAAAUGUCGUCUCUUAACAGUGAAAUUUAAUUUUAAGGACAUUUAUCUGAAGAAAAAAAUUAUUAAAUGCUCCCUUUCAAAUUUACAUUUCUAUAUAUUUUUUUUAAUAGAAAAAUAGGAUUUUUUUUGCCAUAAAUAUAAUAAUCUUUCUCUUGAAAUUUUGGUUAUUUCUAUACAGAAUAUAUAAGAUUUUUUUUUACAUCUAUAUUUUUGUUUUCAAAAUUUUGUUUCUCAAUAAGGCGUUUAUUUUUUAUUUUUUAAAAAUAAAAAAAACAUUUACACUUUGAUGGAUAAAUUAGAUGGAUAGUUUUUAAACUAAAGAAAAAAUAUGAAAGAGUAAAAGUAAAAAAAAAAACAACAUAACUAAUUUUAGUGUAGACAGCACAUAAAUAAACUGGAAAACUUAUUGGUAAAACAGAAGUUUUGCAAAAGAUAAAAAAAGCUAUGUAUUAUAUUCAUAUCUUAAAAAUAUGAAAUUAAAAUAAACACUUAAAAUAUAAAGAACAA